AUGGAUCCCUCCAGUGGCACUGGCAAAAGGCCUGCUUGCGAUAACUGCAAAAGCAGGAAGACAAAAUGCAACCGUGAAUCUCCCUGCUCCAGCUGCGUCGCAUCGAACCUCGACUGUCGCAUAGGUGACCGAGCUGGAGAAAAGCGACAACGGGUCCUUAUCUCUGCUCGCUACGAUGAGGCCAUGGAGAAUGUCGAUCGUUCGCUUCAAGAUGUUUCUAAUAUGUUACAAAAGCUCCUACAGAUCAAUGAGAGGCCCGGGCAGUCGUCACCAAAGGAUCCCGUGACUGCGUUUCUUAGCAGCGCCCACCCAUCCUCUAGCAUCGCCGGAACGGACGAGGGAUAUAGAGGCGAUUCUUCAUUCACAGCACAGGUCAAACGUGUCACUGAGUCCCUCAGGACUGCCGCCUCGAAUCUCCAGCUUAGCAGGUCAGAUAUGGCUUUCUCCGAGGCCAUGAGUGCUAUUCAGACGCUCGAAGCCACUACUGGCAGCGAAGAAACCACAUCUAGCUUUGGCGAUACCGACAGCACAUCAUCAUUUAUCCAUGUCCGAUAUCCAGAGCUACAAGGCAGGAUGGUCCCAUCGCUUGAACAUGUGUUAGGCCUCCUCCGACUGGCGCAGACAGAGAGACAGCGGAUCUUCAUCGACGUGCCCGUCAUUGACGAAGCGGAAUUUGGCGGAUUGUGCCAAAAGGUGUACUUUGCGGUCAAUGAGUAUUCCAUCAUGACAUGGAUCAUUGUCAACGUUGGUCUGUUUUAUUUGUUCACCGACCUUAAAGACUACAAUUAUGCAGCAGUGGGCGUUACUCAUUCGGAUAUUCAGACAUACACACAACUAUUAACAGACAAUAUCGAAGCCACCAUCCAGUCAAUGAGACUAUUUCAAGAUCCAUCUGUAGAAGGGAUCCAGGCACUAGCUCUUCUGACAACAUACUGCCUCAAAUCAGGGCGAAGCAAACUAGGCUGGUCAUGUGUGGCAACGGCCUCCGCCAUGUGCAUCGAUCUCGGGCUGCACCAACUGCCUAAAGAUAUGGAAAUGUCCGAGAGAUUAAAGAAGCGCAGUGUCUUUUGGAAUGUGUAUAUCAUAGACAAAGGUCUGGCAUUUACGAUGGGCAGAGUGCCGUCUAUCCAGCCUUAUGAUGUUUCCACUGAGCGGCCAGCAAUAGACAAACCAGGGAUUCCGGGACAUCUCUAUGCUGGCUUUUUCGAGUAUGCCUUGAUCGUUGGCGAAAUACAAACAGACCUCUUCUCUGUCGCUGCACGACAACAGCCACAGCAUAUACAGAUUGAGAAAGCAAAGGCAUUUGCUACGAGGCUCAUCGGGAUCAACACCAACUUGAAACAGUCACUUGAGCAAAAUCCAGUUACCGAUAAGAUGUUCGCCAGCGCAGAUAUCAUUCUCGACAUCAUGAUGCACUGCCUCGUGACCAUUGUCUACCGCAUCAUCCCUUGUAACGAGCCCAAUGCGAGUCCGCUACAAUGCAAUUCCAUCUGCGUCGAAGCCGCCCGCCACGCUCUGUCCACAAUAGUGAAUGCCUACGAGGGCUUUGGCCAUAGUCCGGAGGGCUGGGUCAGAUUGCUCAAUAUGCUCUUCUCCCUAGUCCCGCUUGCACCUUUUGUCGUACUUACAGGACAUACUGUCGCAUCAUCAUCUGCGAAGGAUGUAGGACUUCUGGCCGCCACCGUCACAGCUCUAAAGCCCAUAUCCUCCAGAUCCAUAUCGGGCAAGAAGCUUUACGACGUCUGCAAAACAUUCCAUCAAUUUGCUACCGUUUUCGUCGCCCAACAAAUGACUGUGCCACAAGCCCAAUUCCAUCCUUCCGUGUCAGCUCCUCCCACUUUUAAUCCGCAGACUGAGGGUGGCCUUUCGAUGAGCCUUGGGGAUGCAGGACCGUCUCUCUACACUAUGGCUCCACAGGACUGGGAUGUUUUUAUGGGCGAAUUCGAUAUGGGAACUGGGGCUGGUGCAAUGGCCUCUUUUCUUGAGCCGUACCUGCCAUUCGAUCAACUACCUUGA